AUGGCUCAAAAGGUUAACAGCAACAUUUUAUCCUAUUCAAAAGCAUCUUCGGACUACUCACAAGUUACGAAAAUGUCUAUUGGGUUUUAUGGCAUUCAGCUUAUGAUUCUUUUUGCUGCAACUGUCAGCUGUUUCAGCUUGGAUAAAAUACUACAUUACGACAGUCAUCCAAGCCCUGAAAGCAGUACAAGCAACUCGUUCAAACCAAAUUUUUGCCGAAUAGCAAUUGCUAUGUCAUCUGGGGAGAAUAUUUCAACCGAGAUUCAUCACCUGGGAGGAGAACUGGUGGACGGUUUUGGCUUCUGUGGAUCUUAUGUAGCAAAAGGUUACUUCAAACAGUCUGCUGGUUCAAUGAGAGGUCAGGAAGUAGUUGUGCUGUACACGUACGUUGAAAACGAUUACAAAGAAAGAUCAGUUGACAAUCUUCGAAGUGUUCUUCAGAAAGUUGUCAAGCUAAAGAAGUUUAGUUUACUAACACUUGAAAUUGAUGGAAAAUCUGAAAUAUUCUUCCCAAAGUUUUAG